GGCCGUGGCUCCGCAUUGUGCGCGGCGCAGCGAGAGCGAGAGCGGCAGGCCGGCCCGGGAGGAGCCGCCGCCGCCGCCGCCGCCGCCGCCGCCCCUCUGCCCCGAGUCCAGCCCCAUGAAGGAGCCGGGCGGCUCCGGGGCGGCAGAAGGAACCGCUAGUGCCGCGGCUUCUCCCGAGGACGCAGCAGCAGGAGCUGCCGCCGGCGCCGCUUCCUCCUCCUCCCCGGCGGCGGCGGCGGCGGCACAGGCCGAGGGGAGCAGCAGCAUUGGAACACGAGCCUCUGCCGGCAGGGAGCGCCUGAAGCAGUCCCAGAAGAGCAUGAAGGCAGAAGGCUCCGAUUCAGCAGCAUCCCCGUGCUCACCCAGCGAGGAGGCAACAGGAGCGACGAUGGCCGAGGUGAAGGUGAAGACAGAGAUACCAGAUGACUACAUUCAGGAAGUGAUCUGGCAGGACGAUGCCAAAGAUUCCAAGAAGAACGUGAAAGAGGGGGCCGGAGAAGUGCCGGCAGAGAUCUGCGUGGUGAUCGGCGGGGUCCGCAACCAGCAGACGCUCGGAUCCUACGAGUGCGGUAUAUGUGGAAAGAAAUAUAAGUACUACAAUUGUUUCCAGACCCACGUCCGAGCACAUCGAGACACAGAAGCUGCGUCGGGCGAAGGCGUCUCCCAAGGCAAUAAUUUCAGGUACACGUGUGAUAUUUGCGGGAAGAAGUACAAAUACUACAGUUGUUUCCAAGAGCACAGAGACCUGCACGCAGUGGAUGAUCCCUACGACCAAGCAAUGAUUGCGAAGGAAGAAGUGAAGGAAGAGGAGCCAGAGCCGUUUCAGAAGAUUGGUCCAAGUAUGACUUACCGAGUUUGCAACUUAAAAACUGGCAACUACACCUGCGAGUUCUGUGGCAAGCAGUACAAGUACUACACUCCCUACCAGGAGCACGUGGCCCUUCACGCCCCCAUCAAGUACUCUCGAUCUCCACUCUUCAUGGCUGUGAAGACCCAAGCGAGCCAGUCGGGCAAAAAAACGCCAGCAGCGUCCAUAAUCCGGUGUUCCUCCCUCCUCCAACGCACUCCCUCCGGUGUCCCACCGGCGUCCCAGUCCCAGAUGUUCCGCGCUCCAAAUUCUGGAUCCCCGGGAAGCAAGGCCACCACAGCAGAAAGCGCUUUCAGUCGGAGAGUGGAAAGCAAAUUGCAAAACAACUUUGAAGAAACGAACAGCAGCUCUCAAAACUCUAGUGAAACGGCCAGUCCCCUGGUUUCAAAUCCUUUGCCGCUUUUGCAAAAGCCAUACACCUGCGGGGCCUGCGGCAUCCAGUUCCAGUUCUACAACAAUCUCCUGGAACACAUGCAGUCCCAUGCAGCUGAUAAUGAGAACAGCAUUGCCUCAAACCAGCCCAGGUCACCUCCAGCAGUGGUGGAAGAGAAGUGGAAGCCACAGCCCCAAAGGAACAACACCAACAACACCUCGGCCAGCAGCUCGCUUGCGAACAGUGCCAUCCCUGAAAAGGAACGGCAGAACAUUGCGGAGAGACUGCUGCGGGUGAUGUGCGCUGACCUGGGGACACUGAGCGUGGUGAGCGGCAAAGAGUUCCUCAAGCUGGCGCAAACCCUUGUUGACAGUGGCGCCCGUUACGGUGCCUUCUCAGUCACUGAAAUCCUUGGCAACUUCAACACGCUGGCCCUCAAGCACCUGCCCCGGAUGUACAACCAGGUAAAGGUGAAGGUCACCUGUGCUCUGGGCAGUAACGCCUGCCUGGGGAUCGGGGUCACGUGCCACUCGCAGAGCGUCGGCCCCGACUCCUGCUACAUCUUGACAGCGUACCAGGCGGAAGGCAGCAACAUCAAGAGCUACGUCCUGGGCAUCAAGGGGGUGGACAUCCGCGACAACGGGGACCUGGUCCACCACUGGGUGCAGAACGUGCUGUCUGAGUUUGUGAUGUCGGAGAUCCGGACGGUGUACGUGACGGACUGUAAAGUGAACUCCUCUGCCUUCUCCAAGGCGGGCAUGUGCUUGCGCUGUUCCGCGUGUGCCUUGAACUCGGUCGUGCAGAGCGUGCUCAACAAGCGGACCCUACAGGCGCGCAACAUGCACGAGGUCAUUGAGCUGCUCAACGUCUGCGAGGACCUGGCCGGCUCAGCGGGCAUCUCGAAGGAGACCUUUGGCUCCCUGGAGGAGAUGUCGCCCCCGCCCUGCUGGAACUCUGUCACAGACUCCCUGCUGCUCGUCCAUGAGCGCUAUGAGCAGAUCUGCGAAUUCUACAGCCGGGCCAAGAAGAUGAACCUCAUCCAGAACCUCAACAAGCACCUGCUGAGCAACCUGGCGGCCAUCCUGGCCCCCGUGAAGCAGGCCGUGGUCGAGCUGAGCAACGAGAGCCGGCCCACACUGCAGCUGGUGCUGCCCACCUAUGUGAAGCUGGAGAAGCUCUUCACCUCCAAGGCCAAUGACGCGGGCAUUGUCAGCAAGCUGUGCCACCUCUUCCUGGAAGCGCUGAAGGAGAACUUCAAGGUCCACUCAGCACACAAGGUGGCCAUGAUCCUGGACCCCCAGCAGAAGCUGCGCCCAGUCCCACCGUACCAGCACGAGGAGAUCAUCGGCAAGGUGUGCGAGUUGAUCAACGAAGUGAAGGAGUCUUGGGCAGAGGAGCCCGACUUUGAGCCUCCUGCCAAAAAGCCACGGACGUCAAGCGAGAGCUCGCCGGCUCGGGAGGAAGACCGCUCCGGCAAAAACGAAGUCUACGACUACCUGCAGGAGCCCCUCUUCCAAGCACCCCCCGACCUCUUUCAGUACUGGUCCUGUGUGACGCAGAAGCAUACGAAACUUGCCAAGCUGGCCUUCUGGCUCCUGGCGGUGCCUGCCGUGGGGGCCAGAAGCAAUUGUGUAAAUAUGUGUGAACAAGCCCUCUUGAUCAAGAGGCGGCGGCUGUUGAGUCCGGAGGACAUGAACAAACUCAUGUUCUUGAAGUCCAACAUGCUUUAAAACUCGGGGGUGGGG